CGACGACGACGACGACGACGAGAGAGAGAGCACACACUCUCGGUUAACGCACGGCGCGUUAUGAUCGCCUGAUCGACGAAAGGAUAUUCGGUGGCACCUGGUGGCACCGCCGCUCUGCCCGUUAUCGGGGCCGGAUGCCCUCGCCGUCCGUAUAUGGUGCCGUGGAAAAAAAACAGAGCGUAUCAGACGAGGAAUAAAAAUUGUCGCGCGAGCGCGAAUUUUGAGUGAAGAGCGCGCGAGCGCGCGCGUGCAGGUGUUUGUUUGUGUGUGAGUGCGGGUGCACGGGAAUCCGUCGGAACCGCGUUUACGAUUAUCGUCGUUCGUCGCCUUUACGCCGUUUUUCCCUUCUUGGAUUCCUCUCCCUUUCCCCUCCUCCCGCCGUCCCUCUUCCGCCGCGCGCGGGCUGACCAUCGGCGGAACACCGCAGACUCCGGAGAGUGCCCUCCUGGUUUUUGCGUUGUGGACCGCGCGCGCGAGUGGUGCCGAGCAACGUGAGGUGAGAUUACGCGUGGUGCAGUCGUCGGGCCCCGACUUGAGAAACUUGAGAUGCCGUGGCUGCUCAAACUACGGACUCGCGAUUAGUUAGGGAGGUAACGUAAGUGAGUGACGACGUCACGAUGCGUAUGUCGCUGCCGCUGGGGUUAGUGCUUGUGGCAGCAGUCACGCUGCUGGCAAGUGCGAAUGCUAACGCGGGGACACACCUACGCAUCGACACGGACUCGGCCACGUCGUCGUAUCACUUUGGAACGAAGGAUCGCGAUCAGGUGAUAGCCGGGAUGGAGGCUAGCCUGCUCUCCCUCCUGGGCUUCACGAAGAGACCGAGGCCGCAAGGUCGAAUGCACAUCCCGAAAUCGCUCAGGGAUCUUCACGCUCGUCAGAACGCCAUCGGUAUCGCGGAUAUCGCGAAGCCGGGUAUUCAUGCGCGAUCGGCCAACACCGUUCGUUCGUUCCCACAUAUUGAGAGCGAUCUGGACCACAAGUUCCAAUCUCCAAACCGUUUCCGGUUGUCCUUCAAUCUAAGCAGGGUACCUAGUGGCGAGACGUUGCAGGCAGCGGAGUUGAGUCUGACGCGUGUCGCGGUGGCGGACGUUGAAAAUGCAGUAAGCGCGGAACAUAAACGCGGCCGGAUACUGGUGUACGACAUAAUACGGCCCGGCGUGAAGGGUCAUAGUAAGCCGAUAUUGCGACUGAUAGACAGCAAGGUGAUCGAUGCGACGAAAAAUGCCACGAUUAAUCUGGACGUGCAUCCAGCCGUGGUGAGAUGGAUAGAGAAUCAUCAGGAUAACCACGGGCUGCUGGUGCACGUGACUGGUGCGCUAGUCCGCACACGGGAACACGUGCGGCUGAGACGGGCCGUCGACGAACACAAGGACGCGUGGGUGGUGAGCCGGCCGAUGCUCUACACGUAUAUGGACGACGGCCGUUAUGAGAUGGCAUCCGCGAAUCAGAUACUGGACCGACGGGCCAGGCGAGCCACCCUACGGAAGAAUCGGCGGAAGGACGGCCGCGAGAAUUGCCGGCGGCAUCCGCUCUACGUCGACUUCGCGGACGUCGGCUGGAACGAUUGGAUCGUCGCGCCGCCCGGAUACGACGCCUUCUACUGCCACGGUGAUUGCCCGUUUCCUCUGGCGGACCAUCUGAACUCGACGAAUCACGCGAUCGUGCAGACCCUCGUUUACUCAACAAAGCCGACAAUGGUACCUAAGGCGUGUUGCGUGCCAACCGCGCUCAGCUCGAUAUCGAUGCUUUAUCUAGACGAGGAGAAUAAAGUAGUGCUGAAAAACUAUCAGGACAUGGCGGUCCUUGGAUGCGGUUGUCGUUAAGACAGCUGACAGCACUAUUUUUAUUCUACGCUAUCAGCGUAAUCAUUGGUCAAGCAGGAUAAGUUAGUGUUGAAGUAUAUUAUCCCCAUACAGCGCCAUGUCUGGAAUCGGAACAUGAGACGUCUAUUUUUUUUUAUUUUGUAUGGAUUUCCAACCCAAUUAGAUGAAUUUAUCACGUAGGUCAUAGUACUAUGCGAUAAAUUCGUGUAUUUGACUUCCUCAGAGAACAGAGACUCAUAUGAUGUUGACAGUCCUUUCAAAUCGACGUUUGUCUAACGCCAGGUCCUAUGCCUUUUUAUAUUUUAAUCAGCCCUGACUUAAUAAGGGUACUUUCACUUUUACACAUAUUGGAGCGAUAUUGCUUCUUGAGUAAAGAUUAGUUCUUAAUUAUUAGAUGGAGCGAUGUUGUCCUUAAACGCAGAAAAAUCGUGUAUAUGGGGCAUAGGUGGAAUUGAAUUCGGAUCCACAGAUCGACCGCCCAGAGCUGAAGUCACUCAACUCUUCCCAUGAGACGUCUUAUGUCCCGAUUUUGGACAUGCGUGCUGUCUGAGGUUAGGGGUACGGUCAACGUGAUGCCAUAAAUGUUUUUGAAGCAACUAAUCUUUAAUUGGUCAAUUUGUAAAAUUCUUUCUUCAAAGCAUUUAUAGAGACUUGGCUCGCACCUUAGGACAUGGCGGUCCUGGAUCAUGGACUGACGCUGAGGCUCUUGACUACACCCUACGGUCUCGUUUGCUCGCACGCGAGACACAUUGGCCGGCAUUCAUAGUUCUUUCAAGAUCGUCUUAAGUAAUGUUUUAAAAUGCUAAUACAUGGUUCUGUAAUUGACUUAUG